AUGUCAUGCAAGCGAAUCAUGAUUGCAACCUCGGGUCGAACCACCGUCACGACGCGUCACCUCCGUCAUGUCAACCUCGGCUUCUCGCCGGCCGGCGACGCUCGUCCUCGUCGGUGGGUCUUCAACCAGACCCAUGCCGACGAUCGUCCUCGGCGGGCGGAUGUUUCAAGCGUUUCAGGCUUGGGCGCUGGCCGAUCCACCCUGGCCUAG